CUCUCCCCUUCCAAGCCGACGGCGACAGUUAUUCAGGCGACAAUUUCUCGCUUCUUCUCAAUUUCUCCACCUUGAAUCGCUUGAGGGUUUGGCGAUUCUGCUCAAUAUUUGAGUCAAAUGCGUGUUCCUCCUUUGAAGUCUAUUCUCAUGUGACAUUGUUAGCGGGGGUGUUCUUAGAUGCUACUGUGGUGAUGCUGUUUAAGGUCAAGCAAAAUUUACGAAUAUCAUCGAAGAGACCAAGAUUUUAGGUGGGAUCAAAAUGAAUGAGACAAUGAGACAAUUUCAAGAAAGCUUAGUUGAGCUAGAAACCGAAGCAGAGCGCCUACUUAUAGCCCGUAACGAGUUGGUCGAAAAUGAUAGAGUGAGGAAUGGGAACAGAGAAGCGUUGACUGCUUUGAGGAGGCGAGCGCGGACAACCAAGUCUAGUGUCCCAUCUCCGUUUGAGUCAAUUAUGAAGGAGAUGGGGGGUUCUGAAUCAAGGCCAUUAGUCAAGGAGAUUUGYACUUCAUGCGGGAACCAUGACUCUAAUGAGCGCACAUGGAUGAUGUUCCCAGGAACUGAUUUGUUUGCCAGGGUGCCAUUUCAUGCCGCUCAUUCAAUCUUGGAAACAGUGGCCAAAAGCAAUCUCUUAAGUUGGAUGGGGAGGGUGUGUAAKAUCAGUCAAAACUUGAUUUUGAGGCCAAGAAAUUACAGAGUUAUGUGAAGGAUCAGUCGCUUCUGAUUUCAGAAAAAGGUGCCCUUGCUGACAAGAUCAGUCCGGGGGUGCUUAAGUCAUUAGUAACGCUGACAGACAAGCCAAAUUGAUUUUGCCCRACUAUUAUGCCAUUCCCAUACGAGUGAGGAAUGGGAAUUGAAGUCCAUCCAGGAUCCUUCUUGCUGAUGCUUGUGAAAUUCAACUUUGUUGUGACUUGGAUGGAGGACUGAUUCUCGUGGAAGUGUAGAAAACAAUCCAAGUACAUUCUAUUUCACUUUACUGUAUUGUUUAUUCAUGUAAUUGUGCUUGCUGAGAUCAGAAUAGAUAAUAUCUCUGAGUCUUUGCUUUGAUGAUAGUUUUGAAUUUGACAUCCCACCAGGUCUAUAUUUAGGUGCCUGCAGUAGUAGCAUGUGAAACUUUAAAUGUCAGAACUGAUGGGAUUCUGGACUCGUCUGAUUGUCUUAUAUCGACUGCAAUCUGCUUUCUACUUCA